AACUCAUAUACUGAAACUUGACCUACAAAUUGAUCGGACAAAGCCAAACCUCCGUAGACUUACGAAGCAACCGCUUAACCUAAACCUAGAACCUUCAUUCGACAGCUAUAAAUAGAUAUACACAUACGAAAUUUUCGAACACCUCGUUCUACCCAAAAACCCAUCUAAAACCCAUCUUAAACAUUCUCUCCGUGAGAGAGGAAUUGAAGAAAACGAGAGCGAAAGAAGGAGAAACGAUCGUGAGACGGGAGAGAAAACGCUCGCCGGAGUUUCGCCGGGCUAAUCUUCACGCCGGAAAACAGAAGAGGAAAAGGGCUGCCGUUUCCUGCCAGUUCACUGUUGACCGACGCCGACUAGUUUUCUCCCAUCGCCGGACCAUUCUACGUCGUCCAGGUCCAUCAGCCUUAUGUGAAAUGGCAUUACCUCCGUGCAUGAUAGGAUCCCAAGAUGAACAGGUUCUUCAUCUCAUUCGGUUUGAUAUUCGAUUUUAAAAUGUCAGAACCAUAGGACUAGUGUAACUUCUAUCUCAUAACUUUCGUAUUUAAUGUGUCUCCUUAACGUGUAAGUUCCUUCAGGUGAUUACAUCCGCUAUCAAUUGUAUUUAUUUGUUAAGGAAUUUAUUUCAAAUACGCCCUAAGAAAGUCUGACUUCCAUGAAUUUUUUGAUGGGCUUGAAGCUUGAAGUCCAAAUCGAUUCAUGUGUGGUCAAUCUCGUAGUGGUCUUGGAUCUCCCUGCGCAGGCCCCUGUGACUGACUCGUUCGUUCUUAAUUAUUACAAGCCUUUUUCACUCCAAAUUGGGCUGAUAAGAAACUACAUACCCAUUCGAGUUGGGCUAUAGAUCAAGCGCAUAGUACCAUCACAGUCCAUUUUAAAAACAUCCGGAUCCUAAAAUUGGGCAUGCAUCCUCAUCUUAUUUAAAUCUAGAUGUAUAGGGAGUACUAACUAAUUAGAUAAUAAUACGGAGUAAUUGAGAAAUACUCUCUCCGUCUCGCAAUUAAAUUUACAUUUUGACUUCACACAGAUUAAGAAAAUAAAUUUGACUUUACUGUGGAGUGCACUGUUUUGCGCUGUUUAAACACUGUUUGAACACUGUUUGACGCUAUUUUGAUGUAGAUAAUUUGCCAAAUAAGGAAAGUUUUGAAGUGUGAAGUUAAUUUCUGGACCGUCCAAAAAAGAAAGUGAAAAGUUGUUUGCGAGUUUACGACGGAAGGAGUAUCAAUUUGAAUAAUGUAAAUGUUUCGUUGCAUCUAUUAAUGCUACUAGUGGUUGAAAUAAAAUUGGCUCUUAAUUUGAAAUUAAAAUCGGGUAAGAUAAACACAAUUUAUAGUGUUUGAGUAAGACUGAAAUUAGGAAACUACUACAAGUAUAAAUAUAUAUUCCCAAUCCGCGCCGUAGAAACCCCUGCAUGAUCGAUUUCUUUCAGCCGAAGGCACAUGUGAACAAUCCCCUACUUGGUAUUUGGCCAAUUUUAUAAAUUAUAAUCUAGCUAAUUCGAGGCGACUCGGUCUCUUUCAGCGGGAAGCCCGGCCUUUCAAACAAGUAUUGGUGAUCGAGGUUUCCUUUCUAGACGAUCAAUUUUUGCCAGAGUUUCAAUGUCAAGAAUGACAAACUCUCUUUAUAGCGUUGCACAUAAUGAGGACUUUAUAAGUGAGCUUCCAGACGAUAUCCUUGCUUCAAUUCUUUCUCGUACACCAACGUAUAUUGCUAUAAGGACAAGUAUUUUGUCGAAGAGGUGGAAGAAUCUUUACAAAUAUGUGUCCAAUGUAACUCUCUCUUGUGAGGAUCUCUUGCGGGGUACCCAUCACGGGCCACACUCUCAAACAGCGGUUUAUAAGUUGCAAAGAUACUUCGACAAUUUUCACUAUGGGUCGUCCAGAAUACGUUUUGUGAGUUUGAGGUGUUGCAUAAAAAAACCAUGUGGACAUCAGUUUGAGCAACUCAUAUACUCUUUAGGGAAUCUAGGCAUUGAAGAGCUUCACCUAUGGUUAUCUUGCAAUGUGCCUUCGGAUUUUGCUUUCAGUUGUGAGUACAUUUCUCAAAUACCUUCUGUCACUUUUUUAGUAUUGGGUUCUUGUCUUCUAGUCGCGGGUUUUAGUGAAAAAAUUUCGGCCCGUUUGGAUAGAAUGUUGGAAGGUGUCAGUAAUGGAAGUGUCAGUAACCGUAAACUUCAAACUCUGGAACUAAGAGGCGUGACGCUACUUCCCGGAUCGUUGGAGUUUGUUUUAUCUACUUGUUUGAGGCUCCGCUCAUUGUACAUAGGUAAAUGUGAAACUCCAUCCAAAUUGUGUAUUGGUUGGGCCGACACGGAUCUCCAGUUGAAGAGUCUUGUAGUUGAGUAUUGCCGAGGUGUAGAGGAGAUUGAAAUAUAUGCUGCUAAUCUUCAAACACUCGAGUUCCAAGGCAAUAAAAUGGUUUAUAUUAGAUUUGAUCAAGCCCCUAUGUUGCAGUCUUUAUAUCUUUCCAUUGAAAGUGAAAACAUGAUGGCUCAUGUGUUUGGGAGACUUGCUAAAGAUGUGUCAAGCCUUAAAUCAUUAACAUUUGAUUGUAAAGGUGAUUUUUAUCAGGAGAGCCAGAGACUUAUGAGGAUGGGAGGUAUUGAAAAAUUCAGCAAACUCAGGCGGUUAGAGUUGAAUGUCAAUUGCAUGCCUAAGACAGAUCUACUAGCACUUACUCCAUUUUUGCAAAGUUGUCCCCUACUACAAGAGUUUCACUUGAAUGUAUACGAUCCCACUUAUGAUCAUGGGGAGGCAAAAGAGAUAGAGCCCGCCAUGGACAAACUUCCUCAUCGUUAUUAUCACUUGAACUUGAAGAAGGUGGAUAUAUGUGGUUUUGAUGGGACUGAAAAUGAGAUAGAAUUUUUGUUGUACAUACUUAAAAGCGCAGUCAUAUUAGAGCAAAUGCUUAUCAGUAGCUCCGCCAAGAGUUAUCGUGGCUAUGGGAGGUGGUGGGAGCUAAAAAGGUCAUGGAGUGAAGAGACUUUUGAGGUGAUUCAAAGUCGAUUGCAAGAUGAGGCUGUUUCCUCAAUCGCUCAACUCAUUUUUGAAAAUAAUGUAAUUUAAUGUCCGCAUGAUUGAUACAUUUGGUAUGUAUUUUUCAUGACAAUUAAACAUAUUAAUCCAUUUUACCUCAGUCAGCCAUUUUAAUAUUUACCAAACUCAGAUUUAAAC